AGGCCAAGGACACUGAGAUUUAAUUCUUCCCUCUGAUGUGCACAGAAUGUGCUGCCUGCAGUUACCAGGAGGACUAAGAAAAGAAAUUACUUCACGUGGGAAGUUCCUUGAAGCAGAGCAAGUGGAGAUUCCAGAAGCUUUUUCCCCCCCCAGGUUCUGCAGCUGGGGACAGAUCUGGGAUUUUGUGAUUCAGGCAGAGGAGGGAAAUAAAAAUGUUGUUUUUUUAAUGCAGUUCUUCCUUGUGAACUCUUGCAGGUUUAUUGCCAAGCCAUGUGCCAUAAACCUUGGCAUCCAGGACAGUGGACCUCACAGAGCCCAGCCCAAUGCAAUCCUAGAGAAAGUGUUUACAUCCAUCACCAAGUCUCCAGAUGCAAAACGGUUGGAAGGCUUGUCCAAGCAGCUGGACUGGGACGUGCGGAAGAUCCAGCGCUGGUUCCGGCACCGGAGGAACCAGGACAAACCCACCACCCUCACGAAAUUUUGUGAGAGCAUGUGGAGAUUUACAUUUUAUUUAAGUAUAUUUUUUUAUGGAAUCAGGUUUCUCUGGACGGCCCCCUGGUUUUGGGACACACGACAGUGCUGGUACAACUACCCUUUCCAGCCUCUAACAUCCAGGCUUUAUUAUUACUAUAUCUUGGAGCUGGCCUUCUACUGGUCCCUCAUGUUUUCUCAGUUUACAGACAUUAAACGGAAGGACUUCCUGAUCAUGUUCGUCCAUCACUUGGCCACCAUCGGACUCAUCACCUUCUCUUACAUGAACAACAUGGUGCGGGUUGGAACCCUGGUGCUGUGCCUCCACGAUGCCUCAGAUUUCCUUUUGGAGGCUGCAAAACUGGCCAACUAUGCCAAGUACCAACGCGUGUGUGAUGCUUUCUUCAUGCUCUUCGGGGUCGUGUUCAUCGUGACACGGUUGGGCAUUUACCCUUUCUGGAUUCUGAACACGACCCUGUUCGAAAGCUGGGAGCUGAUCGGUCCUUACCCUUCCUGGUGGCUCUUCAACGGGCUCCUGGUGACCCUGCAGGUCCUGCACAUCAUCUGGUCUUACCUCAUCGUCCGCACGGCCUCCAAGGCCCUGGUGCGGGGCAAGGUGUCCAAGGAUGACCGCAGCGACGUGGAGAGCAGCUCUGAGGAGGAGGAUGUGACUUCCAACAGCACAAAAGGAGUUUUCAGCACUUCCAGCAACGGCUCCAACCGCCUCAACGGCCACGUGGCCGGCGGCCAGUGGACAGGAGAGGAGUAAAGGCCCUGGGCUGGCCUUGAGCGAGCACGGACUUCUCUUUCAAUAUCUAGUUGUGUUGAGCUCCACAUUCCCAAGUGAUCUUUAAUCAAAAAAAACCAAAAAAAAACCCUUCCCCAGAAACCUCCAGCAAACCCGAAACGGGCACAACCCUGACCAGUCCGAGAGGCUUUGUUUGGGCAGCAGGAGGGACGAAAACAAACACUGUGGAUUCCACCUCGAGCCAUUCUGUACUUCAAAAGUACAAAAAAAAAAACUCCCCAGCAAUCCCACCCCAAAGCCCUGAGUUGCUGUUGAUACUCGCAGAGGUGUCGUUGUUUGUGACAGACUGGUUUUCACUGGGAUCACCUCGAGGCACGGCAGGUUUGGGCCAGGCUGGUUCAGCACCUCUCGACGCACUCCAGGAGCCGCUUCAGAGCAGGGGAGAACGCAGGUUCCACGUCCAGACUGCCCUGGCUGAGGCUCAGACUCUUCUCCCAGCCGAGCUUUGAACUGUGCUGCCCCAGAACCGCCGCCCUGGGGUGCUGGGGGGUCCCAGCUGCUCAUCUCCGCUGUCACCAGGGACCAGCCCAGCGUCUGCUGCCUCUUUUGGUGCUGCAAACCCCUCUGAAGUCUUGACCAAAGCCUUCUGCAAGGAGGGGGGGAGGGAGGGGGGUGGUUUAUUGCCCCUGAGACAACCAGCACAAUCCAGGCCUUUUAAAUUGGUUUUGUUUUUUUUUUUUUUUUUUCCUUUUGCAAAUUGUGGUUUCGAAGACUUUUUUCUAGACCUACUGGAUCCAGCUGGCUACGCUGGGAUCGGAGGGAGGAUCAGAACUGGUGGGCUGGGUUUUAACCCUCCAAAAAAAUGACAUGUUUUGGUCCUGUACCCCGAGACAGAAGUGAAUGUUGCUGCUCUGAUGCCGCAGCUGUGGAGGGACCCGGGGCUGGAAGACCAGCCACAGAGUGGGCUCUGCUUCUCUCUUUUUUUUUUUUUUUUUUUUUUUUUUUAACUCAAUGGUACUUGGGGGCAAUGGAACGGUCAAUCAGGAGCAGAAUUUUGGAAACUUUCUCGACUUGUUACCAUUUUAUACUGUUGUUUACUCUUUAUCUCCGAUUAAAAGUUGCUUCAGAAA